AUGAGUUACGGGUCGCCAUACGGGACCCCUCUUCGAGGAGGUGAUGCGGGUUAUUAUUACGACGUACAGAGUCCCUCACCAACACCUUCUCCACGUCACUACCCAUUUUACCCAGCUCAGACCCCCCAGCGACCGGCUACUCGAGCUCAUGGUCGUAACGCUAGCACCGGCGUCCCCGACUUCCGACCGUCGACCGCCUUCUCACCCCGGUAUACGAGCACCGGCGAGUAUGCUACCGGCCCAAGCCCGAAUGUGAGUUCGCGAAAGCACAGUUUCUCAAUGGGGUCGCAUCACAUGCCUAGGCGCGAGCGUCGGAGCUCCUUCUCAUACAAUCGGGCCUCUCAUGGGGACUCCGACGAGGACGAGUUUUUCGAGAUCGAUGGGGUCAGAUGCGUGUUGAUUGCGGAGUCCAAGAGUCGCAAGCGCAGAGAUUCUUUCUAUGCUGCUCCGGGACAUGGCACUGAUCACUACUACCGUUCGCAGGGCAUGCCGUCGUCGUUCUACGAGAAAGAAAGAGCCGAUUAUCCCCAUUUCGAGGAGCCGCCAGCCCGCUCCGCUACGAGGCGCCCCGCUACUACACGUCCUUCUAGCUCCCACAAGAAGAAGGCUGCCGUCUCGGGGCAGAAGAAAGCCACCGAGGCCGAUGCCCGGAAACACCGGAUCCCUCCGGGGUACUCUUUGAAGAACUGGGAUCCCGCCGAGGAACCCAUCAUGUUGCUAGGUAGUGUCUUCGAUUCAAACUCUUUAGGAAAGUGGAUCUAUGAUUGGACUGUCCACCACCACGGAGCUUCCACUCCUAUUGCUGAUGUGGCCGGCGAAUUAUGGGUUCUUCUUAUUCAAUUGUCCGGCAAGAUAAAGCGUGCCGAGGAAGUUGUACCCGAGGUCCGGACCCAAGCGAAUAAGGAGAUGAUUGAAGAUUUUAUUGAGUCCGGUGAACGCUUGACGGACAAGCUUCGCGUCUUGCUCAAGAAAUGCGAGGCCCCCAUGUUGAGAUCCUCUAAGGCUAAGGAAGCAUCCCACCUCGGACAAAAUGCCGGAGUGGAGUUCGUCAGGACCAUCUUUGGCCGUGAGAGGGAGCUUGAGCGCACCGAGGCUUUUAUGCAGCAAGUCCGUCUUUGGAACUUGCGGUUCGAUGCGAACUGUGAAGACAUAUUGAAGAGGCCCAAACAAUAG